CCUGAUGUCUCUCUAACACUCCCUGAUGUCUCUCUAACACUCUCUUAUCACACACUGCUGCUGAGUGUUUACAGUCUCUGCUGCUGAUUGGCUGCUGUGGUCACAUGAUUUCAGAGAAUCGUCUCAGACAGAGUGAAACUUAACAGCUAUACCAACAAUAAAAGGAUGUCCUCAGCCUAUUGGAUGAGACUGAUGUUCACUGUUUCACUUUCUGUUGUUUGCCUUUAAAGUGCCUCUCAGCAGCUCGUCUCUCCACUGCUCCUCGUCAGACGAUCAGAACACAUCAGCUGAAGAGAACCCUCUCUCUCUUCACACUUCCAAGAUGGCGUAUUCCACUGUACAAGUCCAUGGCUCACAGCUAUGUGGAUAUGUGUUCAACGUUGGAGAGACUGUCUACAGAUGCAGGGACUGUGCCAGAGGCUCACAAUAUUUGCUGUGUCAUGACUGCCUCCAGAGUGGCAUACACAAACAUCACCAGUAUGAGACAGGUGUUGCUCUCACACCUGGUUGGUUCUGUGACUGUGGAGUCGUGAAGGCUUGGAGAACUGGACAGUGGUGCACCAAACACGGCCCAGCAAACUCUGUAGUGCCGCAGCACCCGGAGUUGAUAAAACUGGCCCAAGCUGUGAUUGGUCCCUUGAAGAGUGGGCUUCAAUCCUUCAACACCGUCACAGACUUACUCCUCAGCGUGAAUGCAGACAUCGUCUAUCCUGGAUGCCAGACCUUUGAUGAGAUCAGGAGAGAGUUUAAACGCAUGAAGCAGAAGUUAGAAAGAUCAGAGCAGGUGGCCAAACAGGAGCUUCUAAAGCUGGAUGGGGACACUGAGCGUCUCACUGCAGAGCAGAGUUGGUUAGCCAAGGAGAAACAGAAGAGAGAGGGGGAGUUACAGAAUUAUAGAAUAGAGCUGAAGUCACAUCAGGAGUCUUUAGAGAGGAAUCAGGAAAAACUGAGACAAGCGAGAUGUCGUGUGAGGGAGGCAGAAGAGACCUAUGACAAAAUGAAACGGAGGAGAGAUGAGGCCGAGACAGCGAGGAAUGUUGGGAUUGGUCUCAUGGUGAUCCCAAUCGCCGGAUGGAUCGCUGGGUCAGUCUUGGCUGUUGCUGGCCAGGUAGACAUGGAUCAGGCUUCUAACUCGAUGGAGUCCGCUAGGAGUGAAGUACGUGAAUUUGAAUCUCAGGAGGAAACGUUCUCUAGCAAUGUAUCUGAGUAUGGCUCCAAAAUUAGUCAGAGUCAGGCCAACAUUCAAACUACAGACGAUAGGAUUCGUCAGACAGAGGCCUCACUGAAGGACUUGUCCAAGAAGCGGGAGGUCAUUGCUGAUAUCCAGGCUAAAACUAGACAAGCUGUCCGUCAACUGGGGAGGCUGAGUGGGGUGGGGAGUGCGGCGGAGCUGCAGACCCGACGUCUGAUCCUGCUAGAGCCGGUCAUGAAGGUGAUGGAAGAGAUGACAUCAGCACUGGGGCAGAUCACCGGAGAUCAGCUGCUGUAUUCAGAGGGCAUCCAGAGCCUGAUGUGGGAUAUGAGAAGGAACAGGGAGAAAUUAUUACAACUUGCUGACAGCAGAGAUACUCAUUCAGAUGAUGACUAUUACUAAUGAGUUGGUCCUUCUCAGAGAUUGCUAGAAAGUUCUUUUCUAUGUCAAUCAAUUCAAUUUCAAUCAAUUUUAUUUAUAAAGCCCAAUAUCACAAAUCACAAUUUGCCUCACAGGGCUUUACAGCAUACGACAUCCCUCUGUCCUUAUGACCCUCACAGCUGAUCAGGAAAAACUCCCCAAAAAACCCUUUAACGGGGAAAAAACGGUAGAAACCUCAGGAAGAGCAACUGAGGAGGGAUCCCUCUUCCAGGACGGACAGACGUGCAAUAGAUGUCGUACAGAACAGAUCAACAUGAUAAAUUAACAGUAAUCCAUAUGACACAAUGAGACACAGAGAGAGAGAGAGAGAGAGAGAGAGAGAGAGAGAGAGAGAUGCAGGUAAUGACAGUAGCUUACAACAACAUUAUUGAAAGUAAUAAUAUUAUAGUUAUAGUUCUGGCUACUGUGGUACAAUAUGUUGAAAGUAUGUAUUAAUAUCUGGCAGUAUACAUGUGUGACAAUAGUCAUAUGUGUAUAAUAACAGUAGAAGUAUGACUAAUGACUAAUGAUGGCAGCAGCAGCAGGAGGCAUCUGGCGGGACCACAGCAGCAGCACAACCACACACGUCACGCUGUCCAGGCACCGCUGUGAUAUGAGUUAAUCUGAGAGACAGUGGAGCACAAAGGCUCUGGAGAAGAAGCCGAGUUAGUGACAUCCAGAAUGGCCGAGUUAGCAAGAUGCAGUAAUAGAAUACGAGAGAGAGAGAGAGAGAGAGAGAGAGAGAGAGAGAGAGAAGGUGCCCGGUGUAUUAUAGGGGGGUCCUCCGGCAGACUAGGCCUAAGUCAGCCUAACUAGGGGCUGGUACAGGACAAGCCUGAGCCAGCCCUAACUAUAAGCUUUAUCAAAGAGGAAAGUCUUAAGUCUAGUCUUAAAUGUGGAGACGGUGUCUGCCUCCCGGACCGUAACAGGAAGAUGAUUCCACAGGAGAGGAGCCUGAUAGCUGAAGGCUCUGGCUCCUGAUCUACUUUUGGAGACUUUAGGGACCACGAGUAACCCUGCGUUCUCAGAGCGCAGUGUUCUGGUGGGAUAAUAAGGCACUAUGAGCUCUCUAAGAUAUGACGGAGCUUGACCAUUUAGAGCUUUAUAAGUUA